UCGAAAUUACAGAAAAUCCCUGAUUCUUCCAUAACCUUCUACUACCCUGUCUCCUGCACUGUCACAAAUACUCUUACAUGAACAUAGGGAGCUAAAACCGUACGAUGAAUCCACAAGCGGAAAAGGUAGUGAGAAGAGUAACCAUGGUGGCAACUGUAACAGCUUCUUAUUUUCUCUUAACUGCUGAUUAUGGACCUGAACCUAAUGUUCUUGACUCUAUUAAGAAGGGAAUGCUUUCAGCAGAGAGUACAGUUAAGGAGUAUAUUUUUGGAUCAAAGAAUGAAUCUCAAGAAAAUCAAAUGGGGAAAUUCAACAGCAACAAGAAGCAUCCAUAAAUUUAAGUUCAUCUUGUGUAAGGACAUCACACUGGAUCAAGGAUCUCCUUUAGCCGUUUGAACGUGUAUAUGUCUGUAAUCUAAUAUAUAGAUUGGUUCAAUUAAAUGAUUAGAGACGGUAUAAACAGUGACCAACUGACCAUGUCACCAAGAACAUUGUCAUUAGGCUUUUUGACCCUACUAGUUUCAUUUUCAUAAAGUUUUACCGAAUAAUUUCUUGGUCAAACUUAUUACCUACAUAAUUGUCACUGAUUGAUCAGUACACUGAGACGCGGUAGAGUCAGAUCCGCGUCCGACACGAUACCAAAAAUGUGAUCUGACACAAUUUAAAACGAAAGUAAGUUGGUGUUGCCUACCCUGUCAUAACGGUUAAUUAGCAAAAAGAAAAAGAAAUGUUACACAAUGCCUAAAUGAUUAUAAAGAAUCAUCAACAAAUCCGAAUCGGAAGGCAGUUUAUUUAUAUUUUUUAAAAAUUAUUUUUUGAUUAAAAUUAUA